UGAAAGCUCCUUCUCCAUUUCUCCCUAAUUUCUCUCCCAUGGCUUCUCAUUUCGUCUUCCCCCAAACCCUUCGAGCUCUCGAGCAAGACUUCGACGACAAUCGCCUCUGCGUUCAGAAUCCCACUGAAAUCGCAUCGCUUCGCCCCUCCCAACUCGAAGAAUUCGUCAAAGGUGUUUCUUUCGAUCUCUCCGACAAGGAGAUCUUCUGCGUGGAAGAGCAGGAUACUUUUGAUCGAGUGUACUCGUUGAUUCGGGAAUAUAAUAACCUUUCUCCCUCCUGUAAGUUGAAUAUUGUCGAGAGUCUUCGGUCAAAUUUCAGUGUUCUUCUUCCGAACAUCGAUUCACUCGCGCGUGCUUCCCCAAGUAGUAGUGAUGGCGACGCUCCGGUGCUCGAUCAGAUUGCGUCGCAUCGUAAUGCUUUUAAAAUAUAUACGUUUUUCCUCCUUAAUAUCGUCGUCAGUGAGGAAUCCACCGUUAGUAGCAGCAACAAUUCGAAGGUGACAGCUAGUACUCGGAAAAAAAUGCCCAGAAGUUCAUGGAACUGGGAAAUGCAGAGGGGCCGUAUUUUGAACUUGAUUGCCAAUUCACUGGAGAUCAAUAUCUCGUUGCUCUUUGGUUCGUCAGACCCAGAUGAGAACUACCUGUCUUUUAUCGCAAAAAACGUGUUCUCGAUGUUCGAGAAUCCAAUCCUUUUGAAGGACGUUGAUACGAAGGAUGCUCUGUGUCGUAUAAUUGGUGCUUGUUCUACAAAAUAUCACUUUACGAUGCAAUCAUGUGCCUCAAUUAUGCAUCUUAUUCAUAAGUACGAUUAUAUCGUUACCCACAUGGCUGACGCUGUUGCUGGGGCAGAGAAGAAAUAUUCUGAUGGAAUUCUGGCGAUCUCUCUUAUCAGAGAGGUUGGAAAGACUAAUCCGAAGGACUAUGUUAAAGACACAGGUGGGGCUGAAAACAUAGGCCGAUUCCUUGUGGAGCUCGCUGACAGGCUCCCAAAGUUGUUCUCAACCAACAUAGGACUUCUGAUCCCACAUUUUGGGGGUGAAUCCUAUAAAAUAAGGAAUGCUCUGGUAGGGGUUCUUGGUAAGUUGGUUGCUAAAGCAUUUUGCAAUAUUGAAGGUGAACAGAGUUGUAAAUCAGUUCGUCUUCGAACCAAGCAGGCAAUGCUAGAAAUCUUGCUUGAACGUUGUCGGGAUGUUUCAGCUUACACAAGGAGUCGAGUUCUUCAGGUUUGGGCUGAACUAUGUGAAGAACAUUCUGUUUCUAUCGGUUUGUGGAAUGAAGUGGCAGCAAUUGCUGCUGGAAGGUUGGAGGAUAAGAGUGCAAUUGUCAGGAAAUCUGCAUUGCAAUUGCUCAUCACUAUGUUGCAGCAUAACCCAUUUGGUCCACAGCUACGAUUAGCUUCAUUUGAAGCAACUUUGGAGCAGUAUAAGAAGAAAUUAGACGAGCUUGAACCAGAAAAGUCCUCAGAAAAUGUGGUAGCUGGCUCGCUAUUUGAUGAUGAUAUCAUUAAUGGUGAUGGUGAAGUUGAUAAUAGCCUUACAGAAGGUGGGGCAGGGAACCAGCAAGAUAGUUUGCCUGAUAGCUAUCCUUCUCAAAGGGAAGAAGCGGUUGUUCAGAAGGACGAUUUGACUUUGGAUGUUCGAAACAUGGAGCAGAUCAGGGCGUUGGUUGCAUCUCUGGAGGCUGGCUUGAGGUUUUCGACAUGUAUAUCAGAAAUAAUGCCAACCCUAGUUCAGUUAAUGGCUUCUUCUUCCGUCACUGACGUUGAGAAUACAAUUCUUUUGUUGAUGAGGUGUAGACAAUUCCAAAUUGAUGGCUCAGAGGCUUGUCUCCGUAAGAUGUUGCCGCUGGCAUUUUCUCAAGAUAAAUCCAUCUACGAAGCUGUUGAGAACGCCUUCCUAACAAUAUACAUAACAAAAAACCCAGUUGAAACUGCUAAAAGUCUUCUACAUCUUGCCAUUGAUUCAAAUAUUGGAGAUCUAGCAGCUCUGGAGUUUAUGAUUGAUGCCUUGGUAUCUAAAGGUGAUAUAUCUAGUAGCACGAUAUCAGCUUUAUGGGAUUUCUUUUGCUUUAACGUUGGUGGAACUACAGCAGAGCAAAGCCGAGGUGCAUUAUCUGUUCUUUGCAUGGCUACAAAAUCAUCUGCUGGCAUCGUUGGCUCCCAUAUACAGGACAUUGUUGAUAUCGGGUUUGGUCGAUGGUCUAAGGUGGACCCUUUGCUUGCCCGGACCGCAUGCAUUGCCAUCCAAAGACUGUCUGAAGAUGACAAAAAAAAGUUAUUGGCUGGUAAUUGCAGCCGGGUGUUUGAUAUGCUGGAAAGUUUGAUUACUAGUUCUUGGCUUCCAGAGAAGAUAUGGUUUGCUGCUGCCGAUAAAACUAUAGCAGCUAUAUAUUCAAUCCAUCCAUAUCCAGAAAACUUAGCCGCAAAUUUGGUUAAAGAUUCUCUUACUUCUGUUUUUAACGGUAACAAGGAAGACGAGCCCCAAAAUGACAUUGAAGGUGGAAACAGUGUCGUAUUAACUACUGUUCAAAUAGGGAAACUUAGUAGAUAUUUAUUUAUCGUAAGUCAUGUAGCCAUGAAUCAAUUAGUAUAUAUUGAAUCGUGCACCCGAAAGAUCCAGAAACAGAAAGCGAAGGAAAAAAUGGUUGUUGAUGGUCAGACUGUACACGGAAAUGGUGCAACAGUAGCUAAUGGCGUGAAGGAAGAUGGCAUCAAUGCUGAGCUAGGCCUUGCUGCAUCUGAAGAUGCAAUUGUUGAUUCUCUUUCAGAGAAGGCAGAAAAAGAAAUUGUUUCUGGUGAUUCAGGAGGGAAGAAUUUAAUAGGACACUGUGCACCGUUUCUUUCCAAACUUUGCAGAAAUUUCAACCUAAUGCAUAAGUUCCCAGAUCUACAAGCAUCUGCAAUGCUUGCUUUAUGUCGUUUGAUGAUCAUUGAUGCAGAUUUUUGCAACGCAAAUCUUCAACUACUUUUCACGGUUGUAGAAACUGCACCAUCAGAUAUUGUUCGUUCCAAUUGCACUAUUGCUUUAGGCGAUUUGGCUGUUCGGUUCCCUAAUCUUUUGGAACCAUGGACUGAAAAUAUGUACGCAAGGUUGAAGGAUCCUUCAAAAUCUGUUAGGAAGAAUGCUGUGUUGGUGCUUUCCCAUCUCAUAUUAAAUGAUAUGAUGAAGGUAAAAGGUUAUAUAAACGAAAUGACUCUACGUUUAGAAGAUGAGGAUGAGAGAAUAUCAAAUUUGGCCAAACUAUUUUUUCACGAGUUGUCUAAGAAAGGCGCAAAUCCUAUUUACAACUUACUACCAGAUAUAUUGGGGAAACUUUCUAACCAAAAUCUGCAGAGAGAGUCAUUUUGCAACAUUAUGCAGUUCCUGAUUGGCUCCAUCAAGAGGGAUAAACAAAUGGAGUCCCUCGUUGAAAAGCUUUGCAAUAGGUUUGGUGGAGUUUCAGAUGUUAGACAGUGGGAAUAUAUUUCAUAUUGCCUUUCUCAGCUUGGUUUCACCGAAAAGGGAAUGAAAAAGCUGAUAGAUUCAUUCAAGACAUAUGAACAUGUUGUAUUGGAGGACUCUGUAAUGGAACAUUUCAAAAGCAUCGUAAACAAGAGUAAGAAAUUUGCAAAACCAGAGCUCAAGUUGUACAUUGAAGAAUUCGAGGAAAAGCUAAACAAAACUCAUAUGGAAAGAAAGGAGCAGGAAGUGACUGCUAGAAACGCCCAAGUUCAUCAACAGAGGAUUAGUAAUAUUGAAGCUUCUUCUGUAUCGGCGAAAAAUGGAGAAGAUGCUCCUGGGUCCGAAAUUACUGAAGAUGAAGACACUGAAUCAUCUGAAGGUGCCGAAUCUAUGAAUGGCAAUUCAGAACCUAAGUUCGUCGACUCCGAAGAUUCUGGUGCUUCUAGUGAGCUGACAGAGUCAGAAACAUCUGAUACUGAAAUUCAAUCACCCCAAGUUGAGAAUGAAGGAACCUCCAAGUCGCGAGCUAGGAGAAGUCCCAUAUAAAGGGAGGCAUUUCUGCACGCACUUGAAUGUUUAGCCUUUGUUGUGCAGUUACAAGGUACGAGUGAAGCAAUAGGAAGUGUUGUGAUUAUGUGACAUACAAAGCAAGGUUUUGUACUUUAAAGAAACCUUUAGCAUCAGAUCUCACAAUUCCUGAAGCAUCUGGAAAACGGAGAAAACAGAACCAAAACAUCUAAUGCUUAUGUUGUAUUACUAUGCUUUUUAUAAGUUUACAAAUCUUUCCUGUCUGUAAAUUUGUCAAUAUUUUUUUUUUUUUUUGUAGAUCAGAACUCAAAUAUUGGAACAGUUCUAUUAAUUCCAACCGAGUUAAAGACUA